AUGUCUGCUGUGGGCUCGCCAGCCGCAGACGGCGGCAACGCUGUCUCGACCGAAGUCAACUACAAGUUCUGUCAAGAAUGCUCGAAUCUCCUGUACCCGAAAGAGACACGAGCAGGCGAUGGAUGGGUUUUGACCUACUUCUGCAAGGCCUGUCACCAUGUCGAGUCGUCGAACCCGUCGUGCACGUUCAGAAGGGAGCUCGGAAACAAUGUGACGGAGACGGCUGGUGUGACUACAGAUGUGGCCAAUGAUCCUACGCUACCCAGAGCGCAACAAGGAUGUCCACGGUGUCGGGAGAAAGAUACUGUCUACUUCCAGUCGCAGCAGCGAGGCGGUGAUACGACCAUGAAAUUGUACUACGUCUGCCUCAACUGCCAUCACGUAUUCACGACCGUAUAA